AUGGAUAAGAAUUGGAUGCAUAAGUCAGGGUUGAGUCAAGAAUACCUUGAUGGAGUCGAAGAAUUUCUCAAUUUUGCAUUUGACAACUCAAGUGAAGAUGAUAAAAUUAUAUGCCCUUGCAUAAAGUGUGUGAAUAUCCAUUGGCAAAUACGUCAAAUAGUUCUUGAACAUCUAGUAUGUGAUGGAAUUCUUCAAGGUUACAAAUGUUGGUUUUUCCAUGGAGAACGUGUACCGUCAUCUACUCAAAAGGCAAGAAACACAUUUAUAGGUCCAUCAAGCUCUGCUUCUCACAACCAAACUUCUCAUUUAAGACCAGAUAACAUGGAAGAAUUGUUGCAGGAUGCUUUUAACAUGCAUCAUGUUGAUAACGACGGUUUGCCAUCUAGUAGUGAUGAAUUUAAUGUUGAGGUGAAUGAUGGAGGUGAAACUCUUAGAGGGGUAGUUGAUGAACAACCUUCUAAAGAAGCGGCAAAGUUUUACAAGUUGCUUGAAGAUAUGAAUGACAAACUUUAUGAGGGAUCGAAUCAUUCUAGAUUAUACUUUUGCAUUCGACUUUUUCAUCUGAAAUGCAUGUGCGGGAUGACUGCGAAAGGGCUCGACUACUUGAUUGAAUUUUUAAAAGAAUUUUUUCCCUCAGCAGCUAUUCCAGAAAAUUGUCAUGAGUCCAAGAAAAUCAUUAAGGAUCUAGGUCUUGGGUAUGAAAAAAUUCAUAGUUGUCCUAAUGACUGCAUGUUAUAUUGGGAACAUAAUGAAGGUCAACAAUCUUGUCAAAUGUGUGGUCGUUCUCGCUGGGUGUCCACUAAUUCUGAUCAGUGUUUGAAUAAUGAAAAUGAAGUGGCUCAUAGGAGACCUGCGAAGGUUUUGCGCUAUUUUUCCUUUAAUACCAAGGCGCAAAGAAUUUUUCAUGUCCGCUAA